ACAAUUUGCACUAAGAAGUGACAGAAGGGGUGGUUGGUGUCGGAGCCGUCCUGAAGUCUUCCGACUGGAACCAGAGACUUUGCAUGCUAUGGAACACCCGCUCUUCGGCUGCCUGCGCAGCCCGCACGCCACGGCUCAAGGCUUGCACCCAUUCUCGCAGUCGUCGCUCGCGCUGCACGGGAGAUCUGACCACAUGUCCUACCCCGAGCUCUCCACUUCGUCUUCAUCUUGUAUAAUCGCGGGUUACCCCAACGAGGAGGGCAUGUUCGCCAGCCAGCAUCACAGGGGCCACCACCACCAUCACCAUCACCACCACCAUCACCACCAACAGCAGCAGCACCAGGCGCUGCAAACCAACUGGCACCUCCCGCAGAUGACCUCCCCGCCCAGCGCGGCCCGGCACAGCCUCUGCCUCCAGCCCGAUUCCGGAGGGCCCCCGGAGCUAGGCAGCAGCCCGCCUGUGCUGUGCUCCAAUUCCACCAGCUUGGGCUCCAGCACCCCGACCGGGGCUGCUUGCGCGCCUGGGGACUACGGCCGUCAGGCGCUGUCACCCGCGGAGGCGGAGAAGAGGAGCGGCGGCAAGAGGAAAAGCGACAGCUCAGAUUCCCAGGAAGGAAACUACAAGUCUGAAGUCAACAGCAAACCCAGGAAGGAAAGGACAGCUUUUACCAAAGAGCAGAUCAGAGAACUUGAAGCAGAAUUUGCCCAUCACAACUAUCUGACCAGGCUGAGGCGCUACGAGAUAGCAGUGAACUUGGAUCUCACUGAAAGACAGGUCAAAGUGUGGUUCCAGAACAGGAGAAUGAAGUGGAAGAGGGUGAAAGGAGGCCAGCAAGGCGCCGCUGCACGAGAAAAGGAACUGGUGAACGUGAAAAAGGGGACCCUCCUCCCUUCGGAGCUGUCGGGCAUCGGGGCGGCCACCCUCCAACAGACCGGGGACUCCUUAGCCAACGACGACAGCCAUGACAGUGACCACAGCUCGGAGCACGCGCACUUAUGAUACGCACAGGCGGGACCAGCUCUAUUCUCAGGAAAGAAGUGUCGUGGUCCAACAUCUGGAAGUUCAGUUCCUUAUUCAACAGCGUUUACACAGAGCGAUGCUUGUGGCUGUGGUUUCUAACGUUAUUAAAUUCAAACGUCCCGUGUCUGUUUCUCAUGAUGUAUAGAGGGCUUAUACUAAGUGCCACUGAUUGAAGAUGCCUCCGGGAAGAUGAGAAGGUGACCUUGCUUUGAAUAUUCUAAAUGUUUGAGUUCAUGUGUAUGACAGGUAUGCUUGCUUGCUUUUCCGUGCACUGAAAAGCCAAUGGCUACCAACAGCCAAUGAUGAGACAUUUCUACUCAAGUGACCUCCAGAGUGGAAAUACCAGAAGUGAACCUGAUUGAAACAUUCCAGGUGUUGGAGUUCACGUGUAUGACAGUGGGCAGGUAUGUGUUUUUGCUUGCACUGAAUUUUUUUAUCCAGAGUAAACCAUAAAACAUUUUAUCCCAAACAGCCACAGUGCCUGAAAUCACUCAAGUGGAUUUUUUUUUAAAAAAAAUGUAUUUUAACUCUGUAUAUAUUAUCCUUAAGCCAUUUUCCUGUCUUCACUAAUCCUAGCGAAUCAUUCAUAUUAGUCAAUGGAAAUAGGCCCUCAAAAUGCCAGCCAGACCUGCUUCCUUUCUUUUACGCAUCUUGUCAUCCAGAGAAAACCCGUAUGUGCUUACCUGUGUACAAGUAGAAAGAGAUAUGUUAGCGUCUGAUAGGACAUAUCCUGUACCACAGACAAAACAAAUCUUAUGUUGCAUUUACUAUCAACUGCUGCUACCACAUUAUUAUAAAACUUACCUAGCUCCUCUUCAAUUCUUCCUAUCUUAUAGCUUGAAAAAAAAUAGGAUCAUAGGCAAAUCAGUUACCUUGCGGAAUGAAUUUUGUUGUGGCAGACAUUGUAUGAUUUUAUUAUUAUAAAAUGUUGACUGUUAUGAAUAUGACUUACUAAGCAAUCACAUGUUUCUUCUGUAUCGGCAAUAGUGUCAGAAAAGGAGCAAAGCAGACUGGAUCCUGCAAGGGGAUAGAUGAAAAAAAUGAUGAAUGUCUUGAAAUUCAGUAAAAAUGCAUUAUUUUUUUUCCUAUGUGAUCUAUUCAUGCAGACAACAGUCUUUGUAUUUUGUAAAAAAAAAAAGUUUAAUAAAUGAUCCUUUGUAAAUAA